UGUAAAUUUUGCCGGGAUAGGCCAUCAACAUCAGUUCUUUGCAUGUUUCAUAAUAUUUUGUUCAUUUCCACUAACUUUAUUUUUUACUUUCUAUUUAUUUUUGUUAUUGUUAUUAUGGAGGAAAGUACUCGUCACGAUCAAGACCCUUGUGGAAGUGAUGACAGCGAAUCUACCACCGAGGUUUUGUCCUGCAGCAGCGACUCUGACACAGAGGAAAAGAAUUGGGCGCCGGUUGUCGCCGAAAAUUUAAUUAACCCUCGUUCUCCCCUUUAUAACCCCACCCUAGUUCUACAUCUGAGUUCGGACGACGCUUCUGUGGGUACCGGUGAUACGGCGAGAUUAGACGCAUCUGCCCCAAGGUAUCUAAAUCUUGAGACAUAUUGCAAGGCUGUCAAAGACCCAACACAAGAGCCUGAUACCACUUUCGAGCUUAAAACGACAAUAUUAACAAAAAAGAGGAACAUUCCAAUGAUAUCUUUGCCCUCUUCUUCGUCAUCUGCCUCGCCAUCCCAACCGCAGCAACAGCAACAAGUGUUUCCAAUCCCUGGUCGCCGCUUCCUCCCUCACCAGAUGCCCGUUUACGCCCCACGGAUAGAGCCACCAGAUACAAUAAAGGUCAUGGCCACAGUAGAAGGCCCCCUGUCUGGCUUAAGGGUGGCGAUGGAGGGAAAGAAACGAAUUAAGGUCUGGACAAGAAGAGAUGCUGGAAUUCGUGGCUAUUUUACCGGUUUCAUUGAAGCUUUUGAUAAACAUUGGAAUCUUGCAUUGAGCGACGUGGAUGAAGUAUUUUGUAGGAGAAGAAGGACAAAGUCUGUCAUUGAAUUUAAUAAUUAUUCUAAUCAGAAAUAUAAACCUGAGUUACGUCAACCAGACCCGAUAGUUACCUCUUCACAAAGGCGAUCUCGUUCACCAACAAAGCCGUGUAAACCAGUACCUACAACUAGUCCUACCAAAAAAUCUAAGCGAAUCGCAGCCAGAUCGAGGUCCCAGACUAGUAGACAUGUAAUGGAAGCUGACUCUUCGGAAGAUUUGGUGACUUGGUGUAGACAUAAAAUGAGAAAUCUCUCCUUAAGUAAUGAAAAAUCUAAGAAAGCACCAUCAUCCGUGUGCCCAAUAUCAACUCCCAUCCACACAAAAUCCUUUCUACAAAAGCACAGUGUCACACGUUUUACCCAACCUAUCCGAGAUGCAAAUGGAUUUGUGGUUAUUGGGGUGACACAAAAAAUGGAAAUUGUGGAGCGACACGUCAGCCAGUUAUUCGUUAUGGGAAAUGAUAUCGUGAUGGUGGAAACAAUGCAGUGAAAGAGAGAAAAUAAAGGGACGAAAGAACCUCUCGAUGAAACCAACUUAUCGAGCUCAGCGCAACCACUCACGCUGUAGCAUCACUCUGCAGUGAAUGAGGGCAGAUUUGCGGCCGGCGGUUAUUGUGGUAUCAUCCUUUUCCUUUAUAAAGGAGACACUUCAGAGGAGGAUGCUGAUGAGAGAGUGAAAACCACUGCGACUAAUUUAUCAUCUCUCAUCCCCGAGUAGUCCAGGUAGAAUGGAGAAACUCCUCUCCUCCAGACCAGAAGGGAACCCUUCUCCAACUUGUUCUACCAGCACUACCACUACUUUUGGAAUUGGAGAAAGUACAGUAAAAUGACUGAGUGAGUGAGCAGCUGCAAGAGCGGAGAAAGGAAAAGGACUUUCCUUUCUGGAGCGGGCAUCGUAUCCCUCCUUCCGUCAGUUGCACCCGGGAUCUCACUCAACUCACUCUCUUUCUCUCGUAUACUCCGAGAAAUGAGACUGGCCUCCCACCCACCAUCACAUCACGACAUCAUCUAACAUCUGCUCUCGACAACCCAAAGAGAUUUACAACUCCUUCAUUCACUUGACCUGCCGCUCUUUCUAUAUUCUACCCCAUUUUGUGACAGUUUUGUUUCAAGUCAAAUAAGAAGAGUACAAGAGGAACUUACUAUCAAUCCCCACCUAUCUCCGAGUCGAUUCUCGGGUGGAGAAAAAUCUGACAAAUUUUAACGAAACUAAUUAAAAGGCGCAACUCGUACAUAGCCAAACCUAUUUUCAAUACUCAUUGUAUUUAUUAAAGAUCCUUCAUCAUUUAACAAAGGGGGAUCCACCAUUUAAAUAUCUAAAUACUACCAUCUCAAACCGAACUGGCGGUGUUAUCAUGGAAGGGAAGCAGCAGCAAAUUAUCAAAGAGGAGUCACAUUCACCCAGCUCGCCAAGAACGACGACACCCACGCCUCCAACCCCCCAGCAAAUUGUCCCCUCCGGGAAAGAAAAUAGGAUUGGGAGUCGAGACAACGGCAUCAGUGGGAGCAGGGCGUUGACGACUUCGCCAGCUUUAAAUACAUCAACCACCACCACGGUCACAGCCCCCAAUUCUGGAACCGCGUCGGGUCAUCAACAACACGGAAAUCUUACAAACUCUGAAAUCCUGACGAGAUCCAGGUCAAAAGGAAUACCCAAGGAGCACAUCCACUCUGGUCGUCAUCGGAGUAGUGAGUCGCCCAAAGGGGGAGGAGGUCAGCACCACCAUCAUCAUCACCACCGCAGAGACCGGUCUCAAUCUCCCCUCAUGGCCCAGACCAGUAUGAAUCUCUCCAUUCCACGUUCUUCAUCAACACCAAAUACAACGUUCCCCCAGAAUAAUCACAUCCACUACUCCCCACAUAGCACAACCCCCACACUUCUCAGCAAUGGGAGGAGAACACCGACACCACCAUCACAGCAACAACAUCAUCAACAAAUUCAUUCCGGGAGUAACAACUCUUUUAGUGCUGUAAGGACGCCACCGUCCUCAUCAACGGUAGCUUCAGGCUCCUCCUCUUCUGGAUCGUCAUCCGGUGGUGGAAAUAAUCCUGGAAAUUCUCGUCUUCUUAUAAAAAUUAAACGUUUUCUCGGAACUCUGCUUCAUUUUGGGUCUGAUAUUUCUCCCGAAGUUGGUGACCGCGUGAGAACGCUUGUCUUCAGUUUAGUGAGUGGUCAUUUAAGCAUAGAAGAAUUUCACGGAGGUCUACAAGAAGUCACGUCGUUCCCACUGCGUCCUUUUGUCCUCCCAUUUCUUCGUGCUCACCUUCCCCUCCUUCAACGGGAGGUUGGCUCAUUAGCCCGUGGAGCAAAGGCAGUCUCCACCUUGGCAUAUAUUACGACGCAUGAAACUUCCAUCAUCGACCCUGCAGCUGGGGAACCUUGUGACAUAUUCCAUUCAGAAGCAUCAGACCUUUCAUUGUCUGGAAAUAAUAAUAAGAGAAAAGUGGACAGUCUGUACGAGAAUGGCGACUGUUCAUCCGAGCAUCAAGGUUACACAACCACCCCAAAACGACACCAUGGGGGUAGCUCAAACAACUCUUCCUUUUUCUCCUCCCCACCAACUUCAUUCUUCCCAGAACUGAGGGAAUAUUACGCCGCAGCCGCCGUUUCUUCUGCAGCAUACGCCAACCUCCCACUUUCACUCACAAACUCAUCGUCUUCUGGAUCUCAAAAUCAUUCUCAACACCAUUCAGACCCAGGUCCAUCAACACCUCUCACGAACGGACUUUCUACUCCAAAACCGGCAGGGGAGGACGAAUGGAAAAAUAUUCACACCAUGCUCAAUUGCAUUCUAUCAAUGGUGGAGAAGACGAAACGAGCUCUUGGUAUUCUUCAAAGUCGUGCAUCUGCAGAUCUGGGCAAUGGCGGUGACGCUUCAACCUGGUUACGCAGACCCGGCCCCCUCCUCUUAGAUAAUUCGGAAGAAUUGAAACGAGUCGUUGGUGAAAUGAUGGCUCAAGCAUUCCGUAACACGGAGGAUCGAGUAAUCGAAGUGAAACGGAGAGCUGAGGAAGCCGUUCAAGAGGUGAAACGCCAAGCACUUGCCGAGCUGAAACGUGCCGUAGCAUCAGCCGAAGCACGGGCUUGUGAAGCCGUCGCAUCGGAGAGGGCACGUUUAGAGAGGGUACUAUUAGAGUCACGAGGGUUAGGACAGCCAACCACGUUGUCGUCAUUGUCAUCGUCGACAUCAUCGGUACCGGUAAUACCACCGCCCCCUCCGGCGCAGACAGAAGCGGAGGCAUGUUGGAACUGUGGACGCAAAGCCCAUGAAACUUGUAGCGGUUGUAACACAGCUCGCUAUUGUUCCUCGUUCUGCCAACAUAAGGAUUGGGAGAGUCAUCAUAGUGUUUGUAAAUCGUCCACUGUCAAUUCUUCAAGUGGUGGGGUCAACAACAGUAGCGGUGGUUCUAACUCGCCAUUAACUGGGAAUACGAACCAUAAUCACCCUUCACCUCCUGAGCAGCAUAAUGUUGGAUCACGGUCACCCAGAUCGAACCAUAGUAGUAACUAAAUAAAUUGCCCAUUUAAUUUCUUAAAAUGUACGUAGUCAUAUAGUCAGUCAUCCAUUUAAUUUACCUAUUUUAGUCAUUGUUGUCUUAACUUUCACAUUUAAAAUAUUUUUUCAAAGUAAUUCAGCUUUAAUUCAAGAUACCAUUUUGUUGGCCACCGAGUAGACUGAUAUCAAUGUUCUGUUACCUUUGUUGCUUUAGUUUGGCGUGGUUAUUAAUUACCAGAAUAAUGAGUUGCCAAAUAUGUACACGACUAUACAAAAUAUGUUUAAUGCUAAAAUUAAAAUUAUUAUGACAAAUUUUGGAGUGCUGUUUGAAGUAUUAUUGUGCUUAAUUAUAUACAAUGGAUGUUAUUACAAUUUAAUUCUGAUACCUUGAUUUAUCAUUGAGCUAAUUAAUAUACCCAACAACAGAGUACGAUACGGGUUUAAUUUAAUACUUUUCUUUUUUACUAGAAAUAUACAUGUAGUAUUUAGUAAAUAAGUUGUUUAGUUAAUUACUAGCUUAAUUGAAGUAAAAUGUGGUUAUUAAAUAAAUAGUACGAAUUCAUGUAUUGAGUUAAGGGUAACCUAUGCCAAAGAAUGUGUUAGUGACAUUAAAAACUUAUACAUAAUCCAGCGUA